GUGAUAACGCAGAAAGGCCAAGAUGGCGGACUAAGCGAGGUGGCUUUCACAUUUACGAUCUUAUAGAUUCAAAAAUAGCAUCAAAUACCUCAACUAUUCACCUUUUAUUAAGCCCACCAAACGGACGUUGAGUGUGGAGCGAUGGCGUGUUAUCUGAAGUGAAGAUUGAAGACGUGAUAGAAGAUGGACGACUACUGCUAUGCUAAGAUGGCGACGUCCGCUAAAAGAGAACAUGAAAGAGAAUCAGCGCCACCAACGGAGAACAAUCUGAAAAGCGAAGAUGAAGACGUCCAGCAGCUGAUUGGUAAUCCAGAAGAAGUUUCCCCUCAGUUAGGGGGGAGCUCCACUUUGAAGCAGGAGACUCCACAACCACCCUGCAUUAAAAAGGAAGAGGAGGAACUCUGCAUCACUCAGGAGGGAGAGUGUCUUCUAGGACGAGAGGAAGCUGAUUACACCAAGUUUCCACUGAGUAUUAUCUUUGUGAAGACUGAAGAUGAUGAAGAGAAACCACAUCUAGACAACCUCUUAGCUCCACUAUCAGAUAGUGAGGCUGAAGAUGAGGUUGAAGAACCUUUGAGCAGCAAUAAAGACUGUGAAGGUGAUAUGAGGACUCACACUGACAACAAACACUCUGAAUGCUCUUCAAAGAAGAGAGGUAAAACAUGUUUGAGCUGCUCAGUUUGUGCUAAAAGUUUUACUAAAAAGUGCCACUUGACUCGACACAUGAGAACACACACAGGUGAAAAACCAUUUAAUUGUUCAGUUUGUGGCAAAAGCUAUUCUCAAAAUUGUGUUUUGACUGAACACAUGCGAACACACACAGGUGAAAAACCAUUUAGUUGUUCGGUUUGUGGUCAAAGUUUUACUACAAAGAGCCGUUUCACUACACACAUGAGUACACACACAGGUGAAAAACCAUUUAAGUGUUCAGUUUGUGGCAACAGCUUUUCUCAAAAUAGCUAUUUGACUCGACAUAUGAAAACGCACAAACUUGAAAAACCAUUUAAUUGUUCAGCUUGUGGCAAAAGCUUUUCUCGAAAUAGCUCUUUCACUGAACACAUGAGAACACACAGAGGUGAAAAACCAUUUAAGUGUUUAGUUUGUGGCAAAAGCUUUUCUCAAAAAAGCUAUUUGACUCAACACAUGAGAAUGCACACAGGUGAAAAACCAUUUAAUUGUUCAGUUUGUGGCAAAAGCUGUUCUGCUAAGAGAUAUUUGACUGAACACAUGAGAACACACACUGGUGAAAAGCCAUUUAAAUGUUCAGUUUGUGGCAACAGCUUUUCUCAAAGUAGCCAUUUGACUAAACACAUGAGAACACACACAGGUAAAAACCCAUUUAGUUGUUCAGUUUGUGGCAAAAGCUCUUCUGUUAAGAGCAGACUGAUUAAACACAUGAGAACACACACAGAUGAAAAACCAUAUAAGUGUUCAGUUUGUGGCAAAAGCUUUCCUUAUAGCAGCUCUUUGUGUCGACACAUGAGAAAACACACUGGAGAAAAAAACAUUUAGUUGUUCGGUGUGCUGUAAAAGGUUCCCACAUAAUGCAGACGCAGUAAAACACAUAAGAACACACAAGGGAAAAUAGCCAAUUAGCUGUUUAGUUUGUGGUAUGUUGCUCAUAUGUGGUGACAUCCACCCUACCCAGGACCUCCUCACUGCUUCUUUCACAAAUAUCUGAGGUAUUCAUACAAACUUGGAAUAUUUGGAUCAUAAUCUUAUCUACUCAUGACCCCAUGUCUUCUCUGUAUCUGAAACCUUCCUGAACAGUAAGAUAGAUGAUGCUUCAAGUGCUUGGUUACUCCUUCUUCAGUCCAGGGACCUGGGGCCUCAUGUGUCAAGUUUGUGCACGCUCAAAAACCUGCACUACACCCUUUUUCACUGCAAAGUUGAGAUGUAUCAAAACUGACGUUGACGCAUAAGUGAUGCUGGGUAACUGUUUGCAUAACAAACUGCCAACUUUUACUCCUCAGACUGAUUGAAGUUCAAAUCAGAGACAUAUGAACAAUUAACCCCCAACACCCACAACCCAACCCCCACCUCCCUCGACAUUCGGCCAUAACAGGUUCGAGAUGAGUUUGUGAAGUGUAAAAUUCAGCUACAUUUUUAAAUGAAAUAAACUGCUGUUCUAAAUGUGUCCACUGGAUGUCGCAAUAAUAAUUAUGUUAGGAAAGCAAAUAGUUUAUACCGGGGCGAGCAAGUAUACCAAGCAAGAGGUAAAUUGUAAAUGGGUUAUACCUGUAUAGCGUUUUUUACCUUCAAGGUACUUAAAGCGCUUUGACACUGUUUCCACAAUCACUCAUUCACACACACUGAUGGCGGGAGCUGCCAUGCAAGGCCCUAACCACGACUCAUCAGGAGCAAGGGUGAAGUGUCUUGCUCAAGGACACAACGGAUGUGACGAGGUUGGUAGAAGUUGAGGAUUGAACCAGGAACCCUCAGGUUGCUGGCACGGCCACUCUCCCAACUGCGCCACACCGUCCCCAGGUACACGGUGAAGCGGGGCUGUGACUCCUCCCCCUCCACCCAACGUAAAACAGGAGUAAAAUAAGCAAUCAGUAACCCCACUUAAAAUGCAGCAUGAGACACUGCACACUGAUAUAGUUCUGUGAAAAUGAUUGUCUUCUGUGCAAAUGUAAAGAAAGUGAACAGUGUGUGAUUUACUGCAAUACUGUCAGUCUUUUAACUUUUUAUUUGUGCUUUGUUGAAAUUGUUCACACAUUGCACAGCUUUUAUUUUUCUAUCAAUACACAUUAUGUCUAGAAGACAGGAAGUAACUCAACACUCUUGAAUAGUUUCUACCUCAGUUUGUAUGGUUUGUUGAGUUAGCACAGGAUUAAU